AUGUCGAGGUUAUUGUGGAAUAAAUACAGUGCCAAUGAUAAUAGAUUACAAGAUAUUAAGAAUGCUAGUAAUUCUACAAUUGCUAAUAGUACAUCUGAAACCGUGCUAAAAAUAUCGACCAGGCCAAGUUAUGAGGAGAGUAGUGGAGAAAAUUCAGGGAACAUGAGUGAUGUAGAUGAGAUCUGUUCGAAAGGUAGUAGAGGUACUUUGCAAACCAAGCAUUCGCAACAUGUGCUCACUACGAAAAGGUCCUUGAUGAGAAUGGGUUCAGAUCACAUCUCAAUGAAAUCAUUGCCUGCUGACCCGCAUGUCUCUGAGAUUAACUCUUUAUCAGAAAAUGGUGCAACUUAUUCAGAUGAUAAUGAGGCAUUGAAGUUGGUGAAUGGAUUCGUGGAUAAAGGUUCUUAUCAAUUGGAUAGUAAAGAAAAGAAUGAUCGCCAAAAUAAAUCUCUAGAUUUCAAUCCGAACAAUGCUAACGACCAAAACGCCAGUAAUUACUCAUUUCUAGGUAAUGUAAUGACAAGUUUAGCCUUUGGAAAAGGAAAUCAUGAUAUGGAUCAAAAUUAUUCGUUAGAUAAAUUUUCAGAGAAACAACAUUUUGCAUCAACGACAAGAGAUAAGAUUUUCCAUAAUUUAUUUCAAUCUAUUGCAGAAGAUGAAAGAUUGAUAGAUACCUUUGAAAACUUCAAAAUUAUUAUAGAUAUACUAGGAAAGAAAAACGUCACUUAUUUUGGCGAUCUCUAUAUUUCAUCACAUCAUCUGUCAUUCAACUCUAAGUCAUUAAAUGGGUUAAAUUUUAACUUUACAUUGUUGUUUACAGAUGUAUUAAAAAUUAAAUUGAGUGGGAAAUCAAAUAUCGUGGUAAAGACAACUAACGGUGAUUUAUUAAUAACUUCAAAGAACAGUAAACAAAAAAAGACAAAUUUAUUGAUUGCUGAUUUGCAUACCUUGUUAAAUGAUUCACAUUCGAGUCAGUCAAUAUUGUACAGUGGAGUAAAUAACACAGAACAUGCUAACAGGGCGUUAUCACCCACAUUACUAUUAACACACAAUAAUAAGUGUCCUUCUGGAGAAAAUCUCCAUAACCAGAGAAAGAUUUCAGAAAAUAAUGAUGAACUUAUACAAAAUGCUAUAAGAUCUGUCGAUGAUUAUUCUACCAGUGAAUUGAAUUUUACAAAUGAUAACGACUCUGAUAUCGAGUUUGACUAUGACAAUGUUGACGCCCAAGUUACUGGUACAGAGGAUAGCUUAUGUGAUUUAGAUAAUUCAAACCAAUCUAUUUAUAUUUUAAAACCAGAUUCUAAAUAUUCAUAUAAUGGGCCAGCUAUUCAUUCUAAAACAUCAGGUUCUUCAGAAAAACUGCAUAAAAAUGAAUAUGUGUUAUCAGAGACAGUUCUAAAUUCUCCUCCCGGAUUAGUCUUCCAGUUAAUGUUCUCUGAUUUGAAUUACAAUUUCUGGCUAGAAUUUGGUAAAGUUCAAAGUAAUACAGAAUUUUCAGGGUUUGGCAUAUAUGAAGACAAUAUAGAUGAAGAUGGCAAUACCUAUCGCGAGUACAAAUAUACAAAAGCCUUGAAUUAUCCAAUAGGGCCCAAAUCGACAACAUGUUUUACUAGAGACACUAUUUUACGUAUGGAUUUCACAGAUCAUAUUGAUGUCUUGAAUACAACAACCACUCCUGAUGUUCCUAGUGGAGACAGUUUUUCGAUGAAAACUAGGUACCAAUUUAGUUGGGGAGAUGAUAAUACAUGUGUUCUUAAAAUAUCUUAUUGGGUUGACUGGACCGGCAGCAGUUGGAUAAAAGGAAUGAUUGACUCCAGUUGCAAAAGUGGCCAGAUUUCUGUGAAUAAAGAAAUGAUUCCAUUUAUACAGGAGUAUGUCAGAAAGCACACAAUUCAAUCAAAGUCAGUUCCACCGAAGAAGAAGAUUUCAAUUGAUAAUCCAACGUAUAAAAUAAAAGAGAGUUCAAAAAUACAAAAAAUACUUGAACCAUCAAAUAAUUCUAAACCAGUCUCUACUCAAACUGCCAGAAACGGAGAAAAAUCAAAUAGUAAGAAACUUGAAGAUAAAGCAAGUAACACUCAUAAUUACAUAAUAAUUAUAUUAUUAUGUUGUGUCACAUUAUUAUGCUCAAUUCAAACAUACCAAAACUAUGUUAUCCAGAAGACCGUUGACGAAUUGAAUGAAUCCAUGAGGAUAAUAACAAAGAUCGUUUUGACGUACUGGAGUACUGAAUAA